AUGAGCAAUCAGCAGUUACUGCCCUGUGAAGAAUUAUAUUUCGCAGCAGUGUAUUUUCUUAAAAUUCGAAGUAAAAAAAAGAACAUUUUAGUUUGUCAAAUGGCUCUUCAGUCUUGUUCGUCCUCAUCGUGGGGUUACCUUGAACCAUUGUUAUCGAUUUAUCCGAAAGUUUUAUUAUCAAAACCAUCUUAUACAUUUGGCCGUAACCCAAUUGAAUGUGACAUAUCAUUGGACAGUGUCGAAUUGAAACAACAUGAAUAUUUUGUUCAUUUAAGUUCAAAACAUUUUAUUUUGGAAUCAAAAAUUGAAGAUGGCAAUAAUCGACGUAUUCUAUUUCAUGAUAUUAGUCGAAAUGGUUGUUUUGUUGACGGACAACUUAUUCAUAAAACAAAAAUUUUUUUAAGAAAUAAUGAACAUAUCAUUUCAUUAGCAUUAAAUGAAAAUAAAGUUUAUCGUUUUGUACGUUUGAAUGGUGUAUUCAAUGUGAUUAAUUUAGAUGAACGAUAUAUGAAAUGUGGUCUAUUAGGCCGUGGAAGUUUUGCUGAAGUGUCGUUAGCAUUAUCACAUAUUACGCAUGCACGUCGUGCAAUUAAAAUAAUUAAUAAAGAACAAUGUGAAAAACAAAUUGGUCCAGGAUUUAGUAAAUAUUUGUAUCGUGAAGUUAGUAUUCAUGGAAGUGUCGAUCAUCCAUGUAUUCUCAGACGAUAUGAGGUGUAUCAUGAAAGAUUUGAUUUAUUUGUGGAAAUGGAAUAUGCUGGUGGUGGUUCAUUGUACGAUAGAAUCAAUCAUAGUUAUAUAAUGAAUGAUGAUGAAGCAAAAUUUAUUUUUUAUCAAAUUGCCUUUGCACUAGCGUAUUUACAUCGAUUGAAAAUUGUUCAUCGAGACAUUAAGCCGGCUAAUAUUCUACUAAUGUCAAAUGAUAAAGAGACAAUAGCAAAACUAAGUGAUUUUGGUGUAGCCAAGUAUGUCUAUGCAUCAUCAAGAUAUUUAAAUACGACCAUAGCCGGUACACAAACUUAUAUGGCCCCGGAAGUUCAAUUUCAAACAGGACAUUCGACAAAUGCUGAUGUAUGGUCAUUUGGAAUGACGUUGUUGAAUGCUUAUGUCGGUGAAAGUAUAUUUCGUUUACGUGCAAUUCGUUCUAUUAAUUCUAUUUCAAAUAACAAAAGGGAACUGAAAGAUGUCAUCAAUAAAACAUUGGAAAAAAACACUUAUGCACGUCCCGAUAUGUCACAAUUAUUGAAAUAUCCAUGGUUUCGUGAUCUUAUUUGUAUUCAACGUAUUCAACAAUUGAUUCAAAAGCAAACCGGAAAAUAUUUAAAUGACCCACUUGAAAGAUAG